AUGAAAUCGAUUACGAAUUUAUUAUCUUCCUUGGUUUCGAAGUAACAUACACCAUUUGUGCAAAAAUUGAAUAGUUGUUCCAUAAUGUAGAAUAAUCCUAUAAUUUUGAUGACAGAUAUAUUGUAUUUGAUAGAAUGCUUUGAAGGGUUUGGUCCAGAAUGCAAUGGAAUUUAUCUUACAGGGUAAGAAUACUUGCAAUAGUUUUUCAAAGCGAUCACCAAUAAACCAAUGAAUGGCUUCAUUGCUAUUAAAAUUACUUUAACUAUCCAUUUAAUUCUCUACGAAUUCUAAAUUGGAGAUUCUAUUGCAGAUGAAAUGGUAAAAGAAGGGUCAUCACUUCGCAUUCAAGAAAAUCAACAAUUCAGUAAUUUUGUUUAAAACUAUCUCAUGUAUUUGUUGAAACUAGCAUAAAAUUUAAAAUUGUUUUACGCCUGUAAAAUAGGGCAAUAUCCAAUCUUUGACUAAGAUUAAACCUACACACAAUGUUCAGAGAAUACAAGAGAUCAAUAGUUUCAAUAAUUUCAAAUUUUGAAAAAGAACAAUAAUUUCAGAGAUACCAAUUUGCAAUACAGAAAUUAUCAACAAAAGAAGCUAGAGUUGCAUAUGCAAUAGUAAACAGGGUGCAUAACAAUAGAACAGAAGAUACUAUAUCUAUUUAAAUUGCACAACUUGUUGAAUCAAUGCAUUCAGAUUUUGAAUAUUUGCAUAAACACUUUAAAACAAUUAGAAAAUCAAGAUUGCAAAAAUAUAUUCAUUGAGAUUAGCUGCGUUCUUUGGAAUGAUUGCAUGGUAAUGUACAAAUUUGCUACACAAGAAUUGUGCAAACUACUUGAUUCUUUUAGAUUCAUGCCCCUGCAACAAUUGCUGUCGAUCCAACAGAUAUAUUGGGUUACGAUCAACUCUUCCACUCAAAUUAAAUAUUUAUAUAACAAUAGAAAGUAUUUUGACUAGUAAAACAUUGUUAAAUAACCAUUUUGGUUCGAAGAAAAUAAAAAGCUGUCUCAAGAAAUUCAAAACAGUAUCAUCGAUAACAAAAUGCUACAAAUACCAGAUUCAACUAGGAAUGUAAAUAAAGUAUCCACCCCUCAAGCGUGUUAGAACCAAAAGUCACCAACCAAUAUUGCUUAACCAUUCACUUCAAGAAUCGGGAAUUCUUAAAACUCAACCAAAACUACAAUCCCCCUCCAACCCUACUUCAUAGCCAAUAAAAAGUUAUCGCAACAACCCUAACAGUUUGAAACCUAACAACCUAUGAGCACAAGGGCAAAAAACUUUGUUGGAAGUAUAUUUUCCGAUGAAUAAUUAACUCUUUCUCCAAGAGAAUCUACAAAAUAAUAACAACAAUGA